UGAAAAUUUGUGUUGUUUGAAGUACACUAGUGUGCAACGGGUAUUAGGUGUAAAAGUGUGAAAAGUACAAGCAACUCGAACAAACCUAUGUCCGAGAAGUAUAUUUUGACCGUAGUGCGCAGGCGCGGCGAUCAGAUUAUAUAUAUGUAUAUAUAUAUAUAUAUAUAGACACACACAACACACAGGGUGUUUCACUUUAAGUGAUAUAGUCGAUUAUUUCGCGAAUCGAUGAUUUUAUUGAAAAAUUUUUCGAACGAAAGUUUCAUGACUUGAAGGGAAACAUAUGAUGAAAAUAUGAACUUGAUCUUGAGUGAUCUUGUCAAAAUCAGGUCAAGGUCAUUAAUGUUUUUUUAAACGGAAAUCCCUAUUUUUUAUUACAUAUUCUUGUAGCUUAUCGUGAGAGCUUUCCAAAACACUAUAAUAAAGUUACGUUUCAUUGAGUACUUUCCGAGUUAUGGAGCUUGAAAGUUACAGUACCGCCGGCGUUAUCCAUAUACGCAUGCGCGUGUGAGCGAGAUAAAAAAAUAUAUAUUUUUCUCAUUUAUUAGUAUUCACUUAUCAACUUAUUAUUAAGAAAAACGAAGCAAAGAUGGUUCCAAAUUCGGAGAUUCAGCUUAUGUUUAAAAAUCAGCCGACUUAGCUUUUGGUUCAGACUUACUAGACAAAGACAGAGCGCUGUUCGAGACCUACAAGCAUGCUCUCUCUCAUCCCGCAACAUUCAAGAAGUAGCGCGCGUUCUAGGUAGUAUAUAUUUCAGUGCGCAGCCCUGUGAUCUCCCGGUGAAAUUUUAUUCAAAGUUUCUGUUACAAACAGUCACUGCUCUCGAGCUCUGAACGAAAUAGACAUGAAUUUUUGGAGUAAACAUGGAUAGGAAAGGUAAACGAGGUAGUCUGACGCGUCCGGGAAGAGCGAAAAAAAGAAAAUUUUGCGGAAAUCGGCAUACCAUCGAAGCUGAGACUAGUUAUGUCAGUACAUCGGCAGAAAAAUUAAGAAAGACUGGAGACAACGAGCUUCGUAUUAGCAGAGAACAUGGCUAUAGUGUUCUCAACUUCUUUUCAGUUUUUUCUGCCAUUAGUGCACUUGUUAUGUGUAAACAAUGUAAAAAAGACAUAAUGUUUAAAGAAGCAAGUCCUCGUGGAUUGGGGUUCAAAAUAGCAGUAGAAUGCAGUUGUGGUGUAACGUAUAUAAACUCAUGUCCUUUAAUUGACAACGCUUUUGAAAUAAACCGAAGAAUAGUUCUCGCCAUGCGACUCAUAGGCGUCGGAAUGAAGGGACUCAAUUUAUUUUGCGGUAUUAUGGAUAUUUGUCAAGGACUCGCUAUAAAUACUUAUUAUGCAUGUCUUCAAAAUAUCUAUUGUGCGAGCGAAACAGUGUAUGACAUCGUGACGAGGAGAGCAAUCGAGGAAGAGCGGGAAAAGAACGUUGAACACGGUAAUCUACCAUCGGAAUUGACUGUAUCUGGAGAUGGCACGUGGAAGAAAAGAGGCUUCAGUUCUCUGUUUGGCGUCUCCACGCUCGUUGGCGUAUACAGCAACAAAGUAAUUGAUACACUUGUCAAAUCAAGCUUUUGCCAAACAUGCAAUUUAUGGAAAAACAAGUUUGGCACUGUGGAAUAUGAAGAUUGGAAACAUUCCCAUCAAGAUGAAUGCACAAACAACCAUGAAGGAUCUGCUGACAAAAUGGAAGUAAAUGCGGUGAAAGAAAUGUUCUUACGAUCAAUGGAUAAGUAUCAAGUAAAAUAUAAGAGAUAUGUAGGAGAUGGAGACAGUAAAACGUUUAAAUCUAUUUCGGAGACUAUGAUAUAUGGUGAAAAUUUUAUCGUUGAAACAAAAGAAUACGUGGAGCAUGUUAAAAAACGGAUGGGUGCGAGAUUACGCAAUACUAAGGAAAAAAACAAAGAUAUUGGUGGAGAAGGAGCAGGAAAAUUGACAGACAAGAUUAUCAGUGAAUUAAGUACAUACUACGGCUUGGCAAUACGAAGAAAUCCGGAGUCAGUGGAAGAGAUGAAAAAUGCUAUAUGGGCUACAUUUGAUCACGAAAGAUCGACCGACGAGAACCCACAUCAUGAACGUUGCCCUGAAGGCUUCACGAGCUGGUGCGCGUGGCGUAAAGCGGAGGCUGCAGGAACACUGAAUACUUUCACACACGACAAGAUACCGCUGAAUGACGAAGUGUUAAAUGUCAUCCGACCUAUUUACGAAGAUUUAACUACCGAUGAUUUAUUACAACGAUGCCUCGGAUCAUUUACUCAGCAUAAUAACGAAAGUUUAAAUUCGUUAAUUUGGACAAUUGUACCAAAACAUCUGCACUGUGGAAAAAAGACGGUGGAAGUUGCAACUUUUUUGGCUGUUUGCCUGUUUAAUGAAGGAUUUCAUACCAUUUUAAAAAUAAUGGACGUAAUGGGAUUGCAAAUUGGCCAAAAUGCAAAAUUCCUCGCGGAUAACAGGGACAACGAGCGCGUUAAAUGUUUGGAGCAGCGAACGUCGUACGAGUCGAAAGAAGCAAGAAUCGCUAAGAGACAAAAAAAAGCUGGCCAACAUGAGUUCUUUGAAGUUGAGGAAAGUCUCUUGUAUGGCCCUGGUAUAACUGAUGAAGGAUGACGAAGACGGCGGCAAUCAACGCGCCCGAUGGAAAACAAUUUUACAGUGUGAUCUGUUUUGUCCAAUUUUAUUUUUUCCAAUUUUGAAUAAAAAGCUUUAACAAAA